UCAGGCUGUCAGUCUAUCAUUCGACAAUGUCAGAGUAACGCUAAUCCCGCCUCUUGUGGUGUCUAGUUUGUCUUCUGUUUAUUGUUAAAUCAAUUUUAAUAUUAGUUAAUAUUGAUUAAGAUAUUGUGUGAUAAGUGUUUCUAUUAUUUGAAACAUGUUGGUUUUAUUUGAGACUCCAGGAGGCUACGCCAUUUUUAAGUUACUGGAUGAAUCAAAGUUAUCACAAAUCGAUGAUCUGUAUCAAGAAUUCAACACACCUGAAGGAGCGUCAUCAGUUGUAAAGUUGAAGAACUUCAUCAAAUUUGAAGAUACAACACAAGCAUUAGCAGCCACUACAGCUGCCAUUGAAGGCAAGAUAUCCAAGCCAUUGAAAAAAGCUCUUAAGAAAUAUGUCAGCAAAGAAGUUCAGGAACAGCUGUUGGUUGGGGACGCCAAGCUCGGUAGCGCCAUUAGAGAAAAAUUCGAUUUACAGUGUGUGUCUAAUAGUAAUGUACAAGAGUUGUUGAGAUGCAUCAGGUCACAGAUGGACAAUUUGUUAGCUGGUCUCCCAAAGAAGGAGAUGACUGCUAUGGCCCUUGGUCUUGCUCAUUCCCUCUCCAGGUACAAAUUAAAGUUCUCCCCAGACAAAAUAGACACAAUGAUUGUCCAAGCACAAUGUCUUUUAGAUGACUUAGAUAAAGAAUUAAAUAAUUAUAUAAUGAGAUGCCGGGAAUGGUAUGGCUGGCAUUUCCCAGAGCUUGGAAAAAUUAUAACUGACAACACAUUGUUUGUUAAAGUCGUGAAACUGAUUGGCACUAGAGAUCAUGCAAGUGAAACGGAUUUAUCAGACAUCCUUCCAGAAGAUUUGGAAGAGAAAGUCAAAGAGGCCGCAGAGAUCUCAAUGGGAACAGAGAUCUCAGAUGAUGAUAUCAUGAAUAUACAGAAUCUGUGUGAUGAGAUAAUCUCCAUAACUGACUACAGGACACAUUUGACUGACUAUUUGAAGGCUAGGAUGAUGGCAAUGGCGCCAAAUCUGACUGUUUUAAUUGGUGAACACAUUGGUGCUAGACUAAUUGCUCAUGCUGGAUCCCUGAUGAAUUUAGCAAAGCAUCCAGCAUCAACGGUCCAGAUAUUUGGUGCAGAGAAAGCCUUGUUCCGUGCAUUAAAGACAAAGAAGGAUACACCUAAAUAUGGUUUAAUAUAUCACGCUCAGUUAGUUGGACAGUGCAGUACAAAGAAUAAAGGGAAGAUGUCCCGUAUGUUAGCAGCUAAAGCGGCGUUGGCUACUAGGGUGGAUGCUUUUGGUGAGGAUGUGUCGUUUGAGCUCGGAGCGGAACAUAAAGUGAAGCUGGAGAACAGGCUGAGGCUGUUGGAGGAAGGCAACUUGAGGAGAAUCAGUGGCACGGGCAAGGCUAAAGCUAAGUUCGAGAAAUAUCACAGUAAGAGUGAGGUGUUCCACUACCCGGUGGCAGGAGACAGCACCCUCAAUAAGAAGCCCAUCAAGAGAGAGCACUCGCCCGAUGAAGACGGAGUUGCCACUAAAAAGAUCAAGUUGGAGGGAGGCGUUAAUAAUGUCACACCCAAAAAGGAGAAAACAUCCGAACUAGAAGUGGAGAAUGCAAAUGACGUGGACGGAGUGGAGCCGACCUCCGAAAAAAAGAAGAAAAAGAAGAAGAAGAAAUCACAAGCUGGUGAUGAGUCUGCAGAGGUGGACCAGUCUAUCGCCGACGCGGACCAGACUGUCGCCGAAGAAGACGCGUCCGCGCAGCACGAGACGCCGAAGAGCGAAAAGAAGAAGAAGAAGAAAAAGCGACAGUCGCAAGUUGAGGAAGAAUAAAUGUCUCAUGUAAAUAUAGUUGUUUUUAUUUUUGUACGCCCAAUUUCUUGAGUUAUGUGAACAGUCCAGAAUGAGAAGUGGUACAGUUGCCUGCAAUAUUAUCUUGUACCCUGAAACAAAUUAUAAAUAGUAUAAUUUGUUGGUAGUAUAUCUGCCUACCCUGUGAGGGGCCUAGCGUGAUGAUAAAUGAGUAGAUAGAAAUACCUUUUUUUUAUAAAAAAUAUUCACAGGGCCAAUGGAAUAGGUAAGAGGUAAAAUAUUGAUCUAAUUUGUUUCACCUCAUUGGAUAGCACAAGCUAACUCUAGCAGCUCCUAACAAAAGUAAUAUUUCACCUGAGCAUAUGUAACAUUAUGCAUAAAGCAUGCUCCGACGACAUAUUCAAAGAAAACACAUAUAUUUACAAUUGUGGAGGAAUUUGUGACUGACGAUUGAAAAAAUAAAGUACUCUUGACUUUGGCUUCAUGGAAGAACAACUACGUACUACAAAUACGUAGUUUUAUUAGAAACAUAAUAUUUUUACCGUACUUUUUUAACCGUUUAAAAGUAUAUCGACAAUUGUUUACUUAAAUUUAACAUAAUUACGGUUGAAUGCAAAUUUGUAACACGCCAGUCGUGCCGAUAAGGUUUCAUGCAUUCUUUUAAACUUUUAGUUGCCUGUAAAUUAAUUUUGUUGCUUAGGUUUUUCUUUCUCGAUUACAUAAAAGAGAUGGAGCAAUACUGUAUUGUGUAACUCGAUGUUGGUGAUCGUAAAACGAUUUAUCCGAAUGUGGUAAUAUCGUCAUAGUCGUAGAAUACUGACGGAUCUUUAUUUGUAAUCUUUGUCAGAUCCGUCAGUAUUCUACGACUAUGACGAUAUAUGCUAAUGACUCCUCACUAUACAAUAUAUAACAAGGUGAUAUCGUUAUUAUUAGCAUUAUUUCAUUAUUUUAUAGUGCUAACGAUUUUCCCCAAAAAAAAAAAAAAAAAAAAAAAAAGAAAAACAAAAUUUGAGCCUUCCCUUAACGCGGCCCAUUCAGCUGUUAAAUUAGCAAGAGAGUAGAAGUGUUCUUUUCGAGUUUUUCCACUUUGUUUAUUUGGGGAAAAUAUGUUUAACUGGCUGAAAAAUAACCAUUUAAAGAGAUGGUAGUAAUUUCGAUGUCAUCCUGUACUUGGGCACAGAUAAUUAUUAUACUAUACUAGUAAAUGAGGGUUUAAAUUGUAUAAAAAUAUUUUUUUUUCUCGCGAAAACUAAAAAAUUGAUCAGAUAUUGUUUCAUAUUUGUUGUAAGACAAUGCUUUGCACGUGUAUAGUGUUAUUUUUAAUAAUACCUAAUUGUCAUUUUUUUUAUCCCUUUCAGACCUGAACGAUACGGGCGUGAGUUGUAACUUUACAAAAUUCUAGUACCGCGCGCAAUUCAUUUUUACGCACGAAGCUGAAAUAACAUGAUAGUGAGAUUCUAAACCAGCCAAUAAGAAAUCGUUUUAGCGGUUAGGUGGUGCAGUAGUCUCGUGCGUGCCGGCAAGAUGGCUUGGCUCCAAAACACGAAAAUAUAUUUAAUCUGAAAGAAAAAAUGUCUUGGGUCUGAAAGGGUUACUAGAAUGCGUAUAAAAGUAGAUAUAGAUGUAAUGUUACAGAUUCCUACUAAGUAGGUAUACGUUGUGAUGAUUUUCAAUAAGUGGUGGGUAAGUACCUACGGUUUUACCUUAGACUGAGUAAAAACUCAGUAGAAGUUAGUAAAAUACUCAGCUUAAAAUAAUACCAGCCCUUUUAUUGGUAAAAAAGUCACAUAUUUUAUAAACAUAUUUUUGACAUUCAAGUGUUUUAAAGUAAAUUUCAAUUUAAAAGUAAAUUAGAAAAUAUCUUAAUAUUUACUUGUAUUUCCGCUGAGUUCUUUUUUUUUUAAUUUUCCUGCACUAGAUUACCCGCUAAUUAUUUUCUCUAACUGCACAAGGUAGGCUGGUAGAGAGAUCUCUUUCAGAGAUAAGCCCACCCUUGCUAACAAGUUGUUAAACUAAUCGCUGUAUCAUUACUUUUUACAAGUACAGUAAAGAAUAUAUUAUCGUAAUAAUUUUUGUAACUGGUGUUAUGAAAUGUAAAUAUAAUUUUAUUGUAAUAGUUUGGGCGAGUAUUCACUUAUUAAUUUCUACUGGGUACUGAGUCGUGUUAACAUUGCACAGUUCGCCCGACACUGGUUUGAAUGCUAGCUGUGGGUACGAGUGUGUUUGUUCUCGCUUAUCAUUUAUAAGUAUCUAUAUUUAGGUAUAUUGUUAAGAUUUAAAAAAAUUGUAUACAAUAAAAUUAAUAUUUUUAUGUAAAAA